AUGCCAUAUAAUCGUCACUUUACUUGUUCCGUUUCACCUCUAAUUACAGCUAUUUUUCACCCUAUUACAGUCGCGACUCUUCUUUUUUCCUCUGGUGCUGCUUCUCCCGCUUAUGCUUUAUCUUCUUUUACACACGGAAGACUCCCAUCCCUUACAAUGACUUUAAGGACAACUGCUCACCCAUUAUACCUACCUAAUUAA